AUGCCGUGCAACGUUUUCAAGCUUGCUGACGCAUAUGAGCUUAGGAACCGCUCCGGCCCAGGGAACGCUGAGCUCCUUCAGCGCGCUUCUUAUAUGGAGAAGAUUAUCACCCACUAUGCUGGAAGUGUCUCUCUUGAUACGGAAUCAUUGAAGGCUAUGGCCGAGUCCAUCGAUAACAAGAAUUUCGACGCUCAUCAAGUUAAACGACAAGCUCCGAUUAUGGAUUCUCCAGGCUCUGACUUUUUGGGGGCAGAAGAUGAGAACUAUACUGUCCAGCCACUGGAUAAUAACACUACUCACUACUCAGGCGAGUUCUCUCACUGGAAUUUCUCAAUGAGAAUCAAACAAUGGAUCGAACAAUGCGUACCAGAGCGCCAUGAUGCACCAGGCCCCCUCAGUUUCAAAGAGUAUUAUCGAGCCGAGGAGCUCCAGUCAGCGAAUAACACGCAGGCAUCACUUUCUGCACUGCCUCCUCGAUAUGUCGCCGAGUUCCUGGUCCAGGCUUUCUAUAAGCAUGCCGAGACCAACUACUUCUAUGUUGAACGUGGAUGGCUCGCCGAACAGAUCGACCUAAUUUACCAAAACCCCGGGGCUUUAUCCCGUCGUGAAGUGGGGACGCUUUGCAUGAUUUGGAUCAUCUUUGCGAUUGGAACUCAGUACGCAUAUCUCGAUUCGAUCUCAGGAAGAGAUGUCCACGGCAAGUCAAACGAUUCAAGCCCUUUCUCUGAGGAUACAAUAGGUGUUAUGUUCUAUCAACAAGCCUGCAAGCUCGUUCCCGAUGUCAUUACUGUCGCAUCACUGGAGAGUGUCCAGGCCAUUCUUCUCAUCGGCAUCUAUACCCUGCCACUUGACGCCUCAGGGUUAUCGUACAUUUAUCUUAAUCUCGCGGUAAAGCUCGCCAUCCAGAAUGGCAUGCAUAGGAAGUGGCCUGCUGGGGGACUUGAUCCUUACGUUCGUGAAACCCGGAACCGCGUAUGGUGGACAGCCUAUACGACAGAGAAACGGGUCGGUAUCUACCACGGGCGGCCUUUAUCUAUUCUGAGUAAAGAUGUCGACGCAGAGAUGCCCACUGAUCGACCAGACAUUAUGCCAUCAAGCCCUACAAAUGUUGCGCACAUGCUUGCAACGUUACGUCUGAAUCAGGCGCUUGGUAAGAUUGCGCAUGAGAUCUCUGUUCUUCGAACCGCACAGAAACAUGAGAUGAAUGAAGGCUUGCAACGGGUCAUCGAUAUGAAGGAGGAACUUCGAAGGUGGUGGGACGCACUACCCGAAACCGCGUUUCACGAAGAAGUUAAUCCACAAAACCCUGUUACACGUGCAGAUACGCAUCUCAAACUAGAGUAUUGCCUGCUGCGAAUGUACGCUGGGCGGCCCUUCAUCUUACCUCGCGAAGUCGUGCGUGGUAACGCGAGCACGUCGAGUUCACCCGCUGAUUCAAAUAACCAACGACCCAACACUCCUCAUAAGUCCAAUCCUCGGUCGAUCCUGGUUGCGGAUUGUGUGGAGGCUGCAUUGACUAUAAUCGACACAUGCCAUCUUCUUCAAAGCACGAUUGGUCUUGCACGGGCAUCAUACACGGAAUUCAGUUCCUGUCGUGCCGCUCUCCUGGUCAUCAUCACUCAGUGCCUGCAAAAGAAAACGGAUAGGCUACGUGACGCUCUGCGGACUGGUAUGGCUAUGAUCAAGGAGAUGUCAGCAGGUGGAGAGUCGGCCCGUUCUGAAGCAUCCCUGAUCGAAGUUUUUGAACGUGCUAUCUCACGACUUGAUGCCACAGCUGAUCCCUCCGGCCGAGAAACUGACUACUCGCGGUUCAAGAAAUGGGAAUUGCUUUGGAAGAAUGACGUGCCUCUCCAGGAUUUCAGGCAAGAAGAAUCACCCGAGACUUCCUUACCGCUACCUCAAAAUCCAAAUACAUUUUGGAGAGGAAGCACAGGUACGACUGCUCGACCUGGUAUGCCAACGAUGCAGGCUCCGAGCCCUUUUGUGGGAAUGGAUACCAAUUUUCCAUCGGUACCCCAGGUUAUGGACGAGUUUUCUACGCUCUUUGGAUACGGUUUCGGUCCUAGUCCUGACAGUAUGGCUGGCACAGCUAACGGGGGCAUGUGGAUGGGCCCAUGA